AUGGCUGACCAGAGCAUGAGCCUCAUGGACGGCACGUACUUCGUGGGACGUAAGGAAAUUUUGGACUGGAUCAACACGUUGUGCGGUAUCUCGCUUUCCAAAGUUGAGCAGACGUGCACUGGGGCCGUCGCGUGCCAGAUCUUGGACGCCAUGUACCCUGGCAAAGUACAAAUGAGCAAAGUGGACUGGUCAGCAAACAAAGACUAUGAAUACAUUCAGAAUUAUAAAGUGCUUCAGAAGGCUUUCAUGCAACUAAAGAUUGAUAAACACGUUGAGGUUGAUCGUCUCGUGCGUGGGAAAUACCAAGACAAUCUUGAGUUUAUGCAAUGGUUUAAAGCCUUUUAUGAACGCAAUGCAUCUGGUCAGCCGUAUGACCCCGUGGCACAACGAGAAAAAGGAAAAGGUGGCGCACAGUAUACGCAAAAGUAUGGCGGUACCUCAGCGGCUGGUCCAGCGGUGCCACUGCGUCGAAAAGUGGGCGCCGCAACUACUUCAAGAGUCGGACGGACGCCACCGGGAGCACCAACAGCUGCACGAGCUGGAAGAACCUCGACUGGAGCUUCACGACGUCCGAUUGGGACGACGACGAUGACCGCACAAAUAGAAGUUGACACUGAAGCGGCUGUUGCAGCGGCCACUGCUCCACUAGAAAAGGAAUUGGAGGAACUUACGGCUACAAAUGAAGCACUGACGAAUGAAGGCGGAGAAUUGCGUGCGAUGGUCGAAAGCUUAGAAAAAGAGCGUGACUUUUACUUCAACAAACUUCGGGAAGUGGAGAUUAUGUUGCAGUCGGCAGAAAAUUCCGAAGCGAAUCCUCUGGCACAGUCGAUUUUCAAAGUGCUGUACGCAACGGAAGACGAGGGAGGAGAGGACGAACAAGUGGCGGAGGAGCCGCAGGAUGAGCAGAUGUAG